GCAAGUUUCGGAGUUGGAGGUGGCCACGUAGCAACAAUAAUACAACCCGGAGGGAGUUAUCGGGAGAGGGGAAGAGGAAUUUGUGAAUAAUAAACGCUAGGGAUCCGGGAUGCGCUGCGAGCGAGUAGUUUGAGCGCUGCUGCAGCGGCGGCUAUAAUAAUCGCUGGGCAGCUUCUCACUCUCUCUUCUUGAGGAUAAAUUAUGGUGGACAGGUGAGUCGUCGUCGACGUCGUAGCAGUACUAAACUAGUUGCACACAGGGCAAACAGAGAGGAGGGAGAGCUUUGAGCGUCCUUCUCUUCAUCUUCCUCCUCCAGUUUCGUUUCGCUUCUUCUUCUUCUUGGCCUGACCAAUCAAGAAGAAGAAGAAGAGAAGAGAGAGGAGAGAGAGAUGGGGACGGGGUGGCGGAGGGCGCUUUGCACGUCCGUCCAGCGCGACGACCACGACGACUCCAAGAGCAAGAAGCGCCGCCCCCACGACGCCACCACACCCAGCCCCCGCGCAGGCGGCUUCUUCUCCGCUGUCAUCAAGGGCACUGGCAGUGGCAGCAACCCGUCCACGCCCACUCUGCGGUGCCGCACCAAGCCCCUGCAGGAGCCGGCUGAGUCCGCUCCCGUGACGCCGCCCUCCGCGCCGGCGCUCAUGAGGAAGCACCGGAUGCCGCUGCUGCAGGCGCUGUCGGCGCCGUCGUCGCCCAGAUCCCCUUCCAGAUUCGCGCUCCUCAAGGCCUCGCUCCUCCCAACCAAGUCUCGGUGCGGCGUGUGCUCGCGCGGCGUCAAGAGCGGCGGCAGCUCGGCGGUGUUCACGGCGGAGUGCUCCCACUCCUUCCAUUUCCCCUGCAUCGCCGCCCACGCCCGCUCCUCCUCCGCCGCCGGCGUCCUCUCCUGCCCCGUCUGCGCCUCGCCGUGGCGCCAGGCCCCCUUCCUCGCCUCCCUCCGCCUCCACUGCUCCUUCCACGACGGCCGCAAGGCGCCGCCGCCCGCGUCCGGUGCCCCCAAGCUGUACGAUGACGACGAGCCGCUGCUGGCGCCCAAGGCCGCGGCCAACGGCAGCGGCUUCAACCCGAUCCCAGAGGCAGACGAGGACGAUGGCGACGAGGAGGCCGAGUUCAGGGGCUUCUUCCCGCGCCCCAGGACAUCGGGGUUGGCGGUCACCGUGGCGCCUGAGACCGCGCUGGUGUCGUCCGGGCGGAGGCACGGUAAGUACGUGGUGGCCGUCAAGGCCAAGGCACCCGGGGGGCUGCGCUCGUCCUCCGCGACCCCGAGGCGCGCACCCAUCGACCUGGUGACGGUGCUGGACGUGAGCCAGGGCAUGAUGGGCGAGAAGCUGCAGAUGCUCAAGCGCGGGAUGCGCCUCGUCGUCGCCUCGCUCGGCCCCGCCGACCGCCUCUCCAUCGUCGCCUUCUCGGGCGCCGCCAAGCGCCUGUUGCCACUGCGCCGGAUGACCAGGCAGGGCCAGCGGUCGGCGCGCCAGAUCGUCGACCGACUGGUGGUCUGCGCCACGGCGCAGGGGCAGGAGCAGGCGCAGGCCCAAACGCAGAGCGUCUGCGUCGGCGACGCGCUGCGCAAGGCCACCAAGGUCCUUGAGGACCGGCGCGAUCGCAACCCGGUCGCCACCGUCAUGCUCCUAUCCGAUACACAGCAGCAGCAACAAGAUUCGAGGAAGCAGGGCAACGAUCACCAUGCUGUCCGUCGCCCGGCCGUGGCUCCGGCAACUCGGUUCACGCACGUCGAGAUCCCUAUCGGUCCUGCUGGCAACACGCCGCUUGUGGCCAAGGAGGAGGAGAAGGCAUCGGAGGAGCCUCCUGUGGAGCACGCGUUCGCCAAGUGCCUGGGCGGCCUUGUGAGCGUGGUGAUGCAGGAGGUGCAUCUGGAGCUUCUGUUCCCGACGGGAGAGAUCACGGCCGUGUACUCGUGCGGUCCCGGGCAGCAGGCCGUGUCCCUGGCCGGUGGCAACGGCGGCGGGGCGGUGAGCAUCCGGCUGGGCGAGAUGUAUGCGGAGGAGGAGCGCGAGCUGCUGGUGGAGCUGCGCGCGCCGCUGGGCGCGCAGCACAACCACCCGCACUCGCUGUCGGCGCGGUGCAGCUACCGCGACCCGGCGUCGCAGGACACGGUGCGCGGCGCGGAGCAGCCGCUGCUGCUGCCGCAGCUGCGCGACGGGAGCUCGUGGUCGCGGCGGCUGCACGACCUGUUCGUGGCGACCCGCGCGGUAGCGGAGUCGCGGCGGCUGGCGGAGCUGCAGGACCUGGCGACGGCGAUCCACCUGCUGUCGUCGGCGCGGGCGCUGGUGCUGCAGUCCCCUCCGACGCAGCAGCAGCAGGAGCUGGUGGGCAGCCUGGAUACCGAGCUGAGCGACAUGCGGUGGCGGCGCAGCCAGCAUCAUCAGCAGCAGCCAUUGACGCCCACGUCGAGGAGCGGCAGGAGGGGGGACGCGGAGACGACGCCCGUGGGGACGCCGCGAGGUGGGGAGCCGUUGACACCGACGUCAGCGUGGCGCGCGGCGGAACAGCUGGCGAAGGUGGCCAUCAUGCGCAAGUCCAUGAACAGGGUGAGCGACCUGCACGGCUUCGAGAACGCCCGAUUCUGAUCUGAUCCAUCCGAUCCACCUGUGCUGUCUGUAAUUGAGUCAUGUUGGUUUUGGUAAAUCAUUUUGCCCCGCCCCGCCACCGGCGGACGGCGGACGGCGGACGGCGGCGGCGGCGGCUAGUAGCACAGAGCAGAUGAGAGAGCUGUUAUUAUUGUUGUUGCUAUUGUUAUUAUCACUUAUAUGGAUUAUUAUGAUGACAAUUAGUGAAGCUAGCCAAAUAGAAAUAGGAGGAUUGUUAAAGACUUGAUUUUUUUCUUCUCUU